UCGUUUUGUAUUCGACGAAAGCGCCUCUAGCGGCUUAUUAAGGGAACUUUAAUUUGUUGUUGUUUGGAAUUCGGGUUGAGGACGCCGGUUUGCCGGCAAUUUUUUCAUCGGCAAUCAUCGGGGCCCACAUCCGCAAAAAUGACGAUCGGCAAAAACAACAAGAUGCUGCAGCACAUCAACUACCGAGUGCGAGUGAUUCUGCAGGACUCUCGCACCUUCAUCGGCACCUUCAAGGCGUUCGAUAAGCACAUGAACCUGAUUCUGGGAGACUGCGAGGAAUUCCGCAGGGUCAAGUCGAAAAUCGCUCGCGGCGUCGACAAGGAGGAGAAGCGCGUACUCGGCUUUGUGCUUCUGCGAGGAGAAAACAUAGUUUCACUCACCGUUGAGGGACCUCCGCCUCCUGAGGAGGGUCUUCCUAGGGUGCCGAUCCCUGGUGCGGCCCCUGGACCUGGAAUGGGGCGCGCUGCCGGACGCGGAGUUCCAGUUGGAGCCGCUACUGUCCCCGCAGGCUUGCAAGGUCCUGUCCGAGGAGUUGGUGGACCGUCUCCGCAAGUCAUGGCUCCCGGUGGCGGACGGGGUGCGAUGCCCCCAAUGGGUGGACCUCCAAGACCACCCAUGCCAAGAAUGCCGCCUGGUCCUCCUCCAGGUAUGAUGGGACCACCACCAGGAAUGAUGGGCAUGCCACCAGGUGUGAUGGGCCGUGGAAUUCCUCCUCCCGGGAUGAGAGGUCCUCCUCCCCAAGGUCCUCCCAGGCCGUUUUAAGGAGAAUCCGUUUACAAGGUGAAUGAACGAUUGUACGAAAGCAAGCGUGAGAGCCGCGAGGUAUAUUCGUGUUUUUGAAUUUGCUGCGCACCGAUUGAUUGAUGUACAUACAUUCUUUUUUAAAUGCUAGAUUUUAAGAAAGCCAAAUAAAUUUGAGCACACAAAA